AAAGUGGAGAAGCAUAAGCCACAAAGAGAGAUGGGAGUGACAAAGGAGCAAGUUGAAUCUUCAUUGACUUCGAAAUUGAACCCUUCUCAUCUUGUAAGCUCUACUUGUAUUCCUUCAUUGUCCCUUGCUUUCCAGCACAAGAAAACAAUAAAGUCUGCUUCUUUACUGCAUCUAAGUGCAUGUAGAUAUGUUUCAGCACCCAAAUGUUUAUUUUUGUUUUUGUUUUGUUUUGUGUAUUUUUUUUUUUCUGAAAUUCGAAAUUUUGAGCAUGUGGGUUCGAUUCUUUUUUCCUUGUUUGUUCUUAUUUGAUGUUCUGCUUUCUCCUUCCAAUCAAUUCCGGGUAGGUUUAAGCCCAGAUAUACAAGGAUAUCCCUAAUAGUUUUAGUGGCCAAUCUCAAAAUUUUAGAUAGUUCUUUUGGGAUGUUGAGAAUGAGCUGGAAACGUAAAAAAAGAAGAGAAUAUAUUAAAUGGGUAAUUCACUUGGUUGUUAAUACAGAGCGUAUCCCAAUUGUUUUCAUGAUUGGUGUAGGAUAUAGAUGGAUUAAUCCCCGGAAUCUGGGGGAACCCUGACAUGAUGCUUGAAAAAGAGAUGGUGAAGCAUGGUUUGAUUAGAGAGGAACUGUACUUGAGUUUACAUGUCUUUAUAUGUAUGAAAAUGAGGAACAUUGAUGCCUCUCUAAUCUUCUUUCAAAGCCAGUAUCUCUAAUCGUAAAAACAAUCUUCAAGGGUGAAUCUACUCUUUAUAAGAUAAUGAAAUUCUUAAUGAUGUGUUGAAAGUUAUAUGCUAGUAGCCUUAAAUUACAAGGACAGAGGUAGAAGCUCUUGCAAAUUGGGUCUGUUGUUGUUCACAGCCAAAGUGGAAUAUUAGCAAUAGCAUUCUUAAUGAGCAAAUAUGAUUUUGAGCAAAUGCUACGCGUCAUCUGCCAUCUGUAUGUUAUGAAUUUUUGAUAGAAAAAUUCACUAUGGAUCUCUUCAUCUGCUGCCUCUUUAGUUCAGUCUCUUGAAAGCAUACACUGCAAAGCAUAAGUCAGUGGACUUUAUGCUUUUCUUAUUAAAAGCAUUCUCCAAAUAUUCUUGUCAUAAGUUUCUUGCAUCUGACUUUUGGGUCUAAAUGCAUUUUUCCUUGAAAAUUAGAUGACCUGAGUUGCAACAUAGAGGUUUGGUUGACAGGUUACCUCGGUAGGAAUCUCUCAACCUUGUGACCAGGAAGCAAAUUAGCUCAGUCUUGAAUGCGUUGCUCUCCCUUUUGCCUCUUUGUGUCAUCACAUUUUAGCUCCUCAUUCAUUUUGAAAUCUAUGAUGCAGAUGUCUCUGGUUAUUAUAUAUGAAUUGCUAUUGGCGAACCGUCUGAACAUUGCUUGGCAAUCUCUUUGCAUAAUCUGCAAAUUUCCUUCCAUGAAAAUGAUGCAAUGAUGAUUUGUAACUGGCCUGAAUAUUCUUCAGGGUUCUCAAGAUGUGUUUCUAUUCAGAGCACAUGUUCACUUGAUGCUACUUUCAUGUCAACUAAUUCUUUUACUUUUGUUUUUCGGGAGGUAAUCGAUACAUCCGGAGGGUAAGUUCCCUAUGAACAAAUUUAGAACAUGUUUGGUGAAGCUUGUAAGUGCUUCAGUUUUUUUAUACUAUUCAUGUUUUUUAAGUUUAAAUUUAUCUCUUAAAAACUUACAUUUUUUAACUUUUUUUUUAACCUUA